AUGUUCAACAAUUUUCUUCACUAUUGUUUCCCAUCAGCAAUUGAUUCACUGAAUGAACCGCUCGUAACGACCGAUGCGCAGAUAGAAGUCGAAUGUAAAGAAUUUCUACCUGAAGUCUAUGACACAUGGAUAUAUUUGCAGAAACUCUCCACUGAUUCCACACAUUUCCGAGAAAUUCACGAUCUUUAUAAAUACGAACGUUCGGAAAAUGAGCGACGAUCUUAUUUCGAGCAAUUGAAAGUGCUCGAUGAUAAUAUUUAUAAACUAUCACUCACUAUUCAUCAACGCAUUCAAACAUUAGAGAAGAUUGCUCAACCAACAUUAGAUGAAUUUCGUCGGAGUUCAUCAAUGGAUCAACCCACUAAUGAAUACAUUCCAGCGUAUAUUCGUAUCGCUCGGAAUCAACUAAAUAGUGUCAAAUCAUCGUUUCAACGUUUGAUAUCUCAAUAUAACAUCGAUGCAAUCGAAUUUCAAAACGAAUUGAAAGAAUCGCUGCGUCAUUCCAAAACCAUGAUCGAUUCCUAUCAACAAAUCUCACGAGCAACGGUUGAUAAAAUUAAAUCUCUAUUCAACUCCGAUGAUGAACACAUCCAAUUAGUUCAAGAACAUAUCCCAUCGGAACAGCCAAGUCUAUCCGCACAAGAAGAACAAAUCACUGACUUAGAAGCCCGACUAGAGAGCAUACGAAUAUUAAAAGAACGCAUUCGUCAAAUGAAUGAAAUGACAAUGGCAUUGUAUUUCUCUGUUCAAGAACAAAAUGAACUGGCGGAUAAUAUUUGGCUAAACACCAGUGCCGGAUCAGAUUACAUCGCUCAAAGUUUUGAUGAAAUUCAGUUAGUAAAAAGAAUCAAACAGUCAAAGAGAAACCUGUGGAUCAAACUGUUUUCUAUAAUGUUUUGUUUUUUCCUAAUUCUUGUUCUCAUUCUUAUUCUCGCACUGAUUUUCAAUCAGAAAUAG